UGCCGCGUCUCUACCUCUGCCUCUGCUACCGUUCCCAAGCCGUUGUCCGGCUCCCGGCCACCUCCAUCCAUGUUGUCCCCCCAAACCACCACCGAUGCCGCUGAUCGCGCCUCCGGGUUGGGUCGAGCUUCUCACCGCGCCGCGGUCUCUGGGAGUAGAAGAGGGCGGGAAGGAAGAGGGCAAGAAAGACCGGAUACUCUGUUGCACCGGCUCUUGAGCAACGGAGACCUGGGUGACCCUCCCCCCGUUGGAGGAGGGAUAUGCGUCGAGCGAUGAUGACCCUAGCGGCCACGCACGAGAGGAUGUAGAGCCAUUGGGGUGGAGAGACAGAGGUGACCGGGGGGCGGAGCUGGGCGUCUUGCGCUUGCUUCCUCGUUCUUCUUCUUCUUGGGCAGACGACGCCUCCUCAGCGACGGCUGGAGCAAACGGGGCGCUCGAUUCGACGUCGAUGACUUCUGCCUUCACCCCGAAAGACCUGGUGGCACACUCCGUCGCACCGAUCCAGGUC